CAUUUCUCUUUUUUUUCCCCUUAUGUUCCAAACAAACCCUUAGAAAACCCCCCAAAUCGUUUACCUUUAAAUUGAACAAAAUUCAGCGGCUACCUCCAAAUUGAACAAAUUUCAACAGCCGCGGCAAAGAUCGGAGGCUCCGGCGACGAUAACAACAGUUAUUGAAAGCUAUUACAUUUAGCCAGGGGAAGUUCUUUUCAACAUCAUUUUCGGGGCCUGAGGCGGUGGCUUUACAGGCUUCUGCCGAUGAGUGCCGUGAACAUCACCAACGUUACCGUAUUGAACAACCCGGCGUCGUUUCUCGCCCCAUUCCAGUUCGAAAUCUCUUACGAAUGCGUCACUCCUCUAAAAGACGAUAUUGAAUGGAAACUCACUUAUGUGGGAUCUGCUGAGGAUGAAACUUAUGAUCAAGUUUUAGAAAGCGUACUUGUUGGGCCUGUCAACGUUGGGAACUAUCGUUUUGUCUUUGAGGCGGAUCCCCCAGAUCCUUCAAAGAUCCGUGAAGAUGACAUAAUUGGCGUGACGGUGCUCCUAUUGACAUGUUCUUAUCUAGGUCAGGAAUUUAUUCGAGUGGGCUAUUAUGUAAACAACGAUUACGAGGAUGCACAGCUAAGAGAGGAACCUCCUGCCAAGGUGUUGAUUGAUAAGGUCCAAAGAGAUAUAUUAUCCGACAAACCCAGAGUUACGAAGUUCCCCAUCAAUUUCCACUCUGAAAACAGUGAAAGUGGAGUACAAGACCCUUCGCAAGAUUGUCAGGCUCAAGUAGAUGGAAACGAAGAAGAGGUGCAAGUGUCUGGUUCACCGCCAGAUUGUGACACUCAAGUAGAUGGAAACGACGAAGACGAGCAAGUGUCUGCUUCACCUGAUAAGCCCUCAAAUGGUGAAAUACUUUAGAUUUCAAGUCUGUUAACUUCUCUAGACGCCUGAUCCUUUUUCUAGGUAUGAAGCAAGAUUGUCCAUUUUAGCUGAUCCAUGGCCUAAACUUUUGAUGAUCCUUUCCCAUGGAACUAUGUGCACGCUUUUGUCAUUUUUGAGAGAUUCAAAGGAUGAUCACGUUUGUUGUAGCUUGUAAUUGAUCGGAUCUGCGUGUCAUGGGAUAUUAAACUGGAUCCCCAGGGUUCUUGCCCCUUGUGUUAAAAUCAAAUUUCGGAGUCAA